CGGCCGGUUGCUCCGCUCCGACAAGCAGACUAGGGUCCCCGGGGUCGGCGCUGUUGGCGUGCGGCGGGCGAGCCUGGACUCCGAGCGGCGCGGUAGUGUGGUUGCCGGGGUGGCCGCUCGUCAUGCCGUCCCGGGUGGAGGACUACGAGGUGCUGCACAGCAUCGGCACCGGCUCCUACGGCCGCUGUCAGAAGAUUCGGAGGAAGAGCGACGGCAAGAUCCUGGUGUGGAAAGAACUUGACUAUGGCUCCAUGACAGAGGUGGAGAAACAAAUGCUUGUGUCUGAAGUGAACUUGCUUCGUGAGCUGAAACAUCCAAACAUCGUCCGUUACUACGAUCGUAUUAUCGACAGAACCAACACAACCCUAUACAUUGUCAUGGAGUACUGUGAGGGCGGGGACCUGGCUAGUGUCAUUACAAAGGGGACCAAGGAUAGACAAUACUUAGAGGAAGAGUUUGUCCUUCGAGUGAUGACUCAGUUGACACUGGCCCUGAAAGAGUGUCACAGAAGGAGCGAUGGUGGCCACACUGUACUUCACCGGGACCUAAAGCCAGCCAAUGUCUUCCUGGACAGCAAGCACAAUGUCAAGCUUGGGGACUUUGGGCUAGCUAGAAUAUUGAAUCACGACACAAGUUUUGCAAAGACGUUUGUUGGCACACCCUAUUACAUGUCUCCUGAGCAAAUAAGCCGCUUGUCUUACAAUGAGAAGUCGGACAUCUGGUCGCUGGGCUGCCUGCUGUAUGAGCUGUGUGCACUAAUGCCUCCAUUUACAGCUUUCAACCAGAAAGAGUUAGCGGGGAAAAUCAGGGAAGGGAGGUUCCGGCGCAUCCCCUACCGCUACUCUGAUGGCUUGAAUGACCUCAUCACUCGGAUGCUGAAUUUAAAGGACUACCAUCGACCUUCAGUGGAGGAAAUUCUGGAGAGCCCUUUGAUAGCAGACUUGGUUGCAGAAGAGCAAAGGAGAAAUCUGGAGAGGAGGGGACGGCGCUCAGGCGAGCCUUCGAAGCUGCAGGACUCCAGCCCUGUGCUGAGUGAGCUCAAGUUGAAGGAAAGGCAGCUGCAGGAUCGAGAGCGAGCACUGAGAGCUCGGGAGGACAGCCUGGAGCAGAAAGAACGUGAACUUUGUAUUCGAGAGAGACUUGCCGAGGACAAACUGGCCAGAGCCGAGAGUCUGCUGAAGAACUACAGCCUGCUGAAGGAGCACAGGCUCCUGUGUCUGGCUGGCGGCUCAGAACUUGAUCUCCCAUCUUCAGCACUGAAGAAGAAGGUUCAUUUCCAUGGGGAGAGCAAGGAGAACACCACAAGGAGUGAGAAUUCCGAGAGCCAGCUCGCCAAGUCCAAGUGCAGGGACCUGAAGAAGAGGCUUCAUGCUGCCCAGCUGCGUGCUCAAGCCCUGUCUGAUAUUGAGAAGAACUACCAGCUAAAGAGCAGGCAGAUCCUGGGCAUGCGUUAGGCCAGCAAGGCAUGGAGCCGGGUCAGCACUGGUGCUGACAACGCACGAGAGAUUGGACUCAGCUGCUGUAGUGUGUGUGUGUGGUGAGCAUGGCCCUGGGAUUGUUUGUGGUCUCCGAGAUGGACAUGUCCUCUUCCUAAUCCCCCUGUGUAGAAAGCAUGCUGUCUUUGCUGAGUGCUUGGGCUUUUGAUCCUGUGUGCGAUUACUACUUGAAAUAUGAGAUGGGACACUAUAGAUACCAUAGAUCUUAGGAGAAACAAUGUUAGGGAAAGAACAUUUAACCUGGAGGAGUUGGAGAGGUUUGCUCAACUGAGAGAUGCGGCCUUCAUGGCAGUUUGCAGGUGAGGCUUCAGCAGGUAUGUGAUCUUGCUGCUAACGGAAUAGGGCAGGGCCCACAGGGUUCCGUCCAUGUCAGAGGUGCGGUGAGCUUAUCAGUGUGUGAUGCUACAGGGAGAGACCCAGCCUCUGGCCUGAGCCUGAGGAGAAGCCACUCACCAGCAUUCCAGUUCCAAGAUGCUCCUGGUGCUAGUUAAAAUGCAGAUUAGACUUGGGAGGGAAGAACAAGGGCUGAAGCCUUUACUCACCUUGGGGAAACUCGUUCUAGCACAGCACCCAGUGAGACUGACAAGGCUUGCACUAGAGACAGGCUGCUGGGAGCCCUGAGAGCUUCCUCCCCACUGUGUGCAUGGCCUGUCCCCUUCUGUCUGUAUCUGACCUCAAUGUCAGUUGAUAACAUUAUUAAGUGCUGUCUGUGCCCUCAAGUAUGAGCUGAAUGGUCGGAAAUGCCACAGAGUCUAUAUAUUUUAAAUCACACAUGUGGUCCCCAAACAUUGAAUGUUGGAGAACUGUCUUCAGAAAGUUGGUCUAUUUAAGGCUACUGGGGAAAAGGGCGGGUCUCCUUUGCUAUCUGUCCACAGCCCCUUUGCUUCAGCAAAGAACAGUGUGCAUGCAUGCAGUCUGUGUUUGAGAGCCAUGCGAGCCUUCACCUCUGUGAGGGCCAGAUGGCUGUUUGUCUACAGUUUCCUGAAGGCCUCAGCAGAAAGGGAUUCCUUUUUCCUAGUAAGUGCUGCUGGCUGAGAGGAGGUCAGAAGUAUUUUAAUGCCAUCUGUUUCAUGGCUAAACACGCAGACUCCUUGCAUUUUAAAAUUCUGUGUCCUUUACUUUUUGGAGCUAUACUAGCUUGCUUGGGUGUGUAACUUGCCAGAGUUGACUUUUCUAGUGCUUUAUGUAAACUCUGCUGUUGGCACUUGCAGCUGAAGCAGCUGAAAGAGGGGCUGCUCACUGUUGCAGCACUGGGAUCCCUGGCAGCUGCAGCGGCAAUGCUUAAGGAGCUUUUGCAACUUUGACUUCAGUAGCAGCUUGGGAUGAUAAAAUAUGGUGAGUGUCUUGUCUGCUGUGGAGGGCCUGACAAUCUGCCAGGUGGGAAGUCUUGUUAGAAACCAGAAACUCAGUGUGGUGGUUAUCCCACCUUUUCUUUCUUUCUCCUUUGGUCUAUAAUGAUAUUGACAUAGCUAUUCAGAGUAAAAUCUAUGUAUACAAAAAAAUUCUAAGUAUGAGGUUUUAAAUGUUCUUGAACUUCAGAAAAACUUGAUUGGAUACAAUUGUUUAUAAUUAACAAGUCAUCUUAUUUAUAAAUUUUCCAAUAUAAUAUAAAUCUAUUUUGUGGAA